AUGAGUCAGCAGCCAGGGUACUACCCUCCUCCACCUCAGCAACCAUAUUAUCCUCCUCCUCCUCCACAGCAAUACUACCCUCCUCGUCCACCAAUGGGGGUAUAUUCACCUGUUCCUAAUGCAGAAUCCGCACACUAUCAUCCUCCAAGUUAUGAGCAAGGAAGAGUACAAAAUACAGUGGCAGAAAAAUGGAAUCCACGGCCUAAAUUCCAAGAUGCAUGGGCAGCAAUAUUAUUCCUUAUCCACUUUAUUGGCUUUAUCAUUAUUAGUUAUUUUGGAUUAAAGAGCCUAUCCGAUUCCAAGACACUUUCGGGUUUGGGAAAUAAGACUGAUAACUUUCCCUUGACUUCAAAGUCAAUCAUAAUGCUUGUUGUUACGGCAAUCCUCGGGUUCUUUCUGAGUAUGAUUUACAUGCUGUGUAUGCGAAAAUUCCCAAAACCACUUAUUAUCAUUACUCUAUGGCUUUCGGUGGCUACCUUUUUCGUUGUUGCAAUUGCGUAUGGUUUCUUUAAACAAUAUGUAUUGGCUGUAAUAUCAGGCAUAUUUGCUAUAAUUUAUCUCAUCUGUGCCAUAUCAUGGCGAGAUAGAAUCCCAUUUGCCGCGAUCAUGCUCGAGACUGUCACUGGUAUUACCAAAAAAUAUUAUGGCACGAUCGUAAUGGGCUUCGUUGGCUUAUUCCUUCAAGUAGGUUGGUCCGCGUGGUGGGUCUUUACAAUCAUUGGAGCAUAUAGGAAAUAUUACAGUGAAGCAGGAUGUAAAACUACUACAGAUGCGAACGGCUCAACGUCGUUUGGCUGCGAUAGCGUUAUACUUUAUGUUGUCAUGCUAUACUUGUUGUUCAGCUUUUAUUGGACAAGUCAAGUCAUCAAGACGAUUGUCCAUGUCACAGACUCUGGUGUAUUCGCAGCUUUCUAUUUCCUUGAAGGCACGCCUCAAGGCACUGGUUCAGUUCCCACUCUUUCAUCCCUCAAGCGUGCUUGUACUACGUCAUUUGGCAGUAUCUGUUUCGGUAGCUUGAUUAUUGCCAUUCUCAAUACUAUCAAAGCCAUCUUCCAAGCAAUAGCAAAUAGUGAUGACGGUGCUUGCGGAUUUUUGGCUGCGUGCUUUGCCUGCUUGUUGUCUUAUAUCGAAGCACUCGUUGAAUACUUCAAUCAUUAUGCUUACGUCGAAGUGGCCAUUUAUGGGAAAUCGUUUUGUAGAGCCGCAAAGGAUACCUGGAAACUCAUUAAGGAUCGUGGUGUCGAGGCUAUCAUAAAUGACAAUCUCAUUGGCAACGUACUUGCCAUGGGAGCGAUAUUAAUCGGUGUAUUAUGCGGAGCCUUUGGCUAUGCGUAUAUUCGUCUUGCUAAUAACAUAACUAAUGAUACGACGAAUAUAGUAAUUCUUGUUGUCAUUUGCUUCUUGCUUGGAUUGAUGAUGACGAUUAUCAUCACGGAUGCCAUUGAUUCCGGAGUUGCAACUACUUUCGUAGCUCUAGCUGAGGAUCCAGAUGCUUUACGAAGAACUAAACCAGAACUAUUUGAGAGAAUUCGACAAAAAUGGCCCCGCAUUGUUCAAGGAAUGUAA